GUAAAUUAAAUCGCAAACUUUAGUUGUUGGAAACAGACCGACUCUAAAACAGCUCCAGGCGUUUUGGCAAUGCCUCAAUCUCUACACAACUCGGCUCCCUUUGAACCGGAAAAACUUGUACACAGCCAGGAAGCCGAAGAUUCGCCAUUUUUGGGGCGCAAUGCUGGAAAAAGCACCGGAAGACCGCAGCGAAUUUCUUCGGGACAACAAGCGAGGUCUACCGCAAGAUAUUCGGAGAAGACUCCGUUAUUGAUCAACAACGGAGGACAGGACGUCGGGCUCCAAGAGUUCUCAGGCAACUCGAGAAAACCUGGUAGGAGAAAACCUAAAAAAGUCCUGCGACAGCUCGCCAUGAAGCGCCAGUCCCUUGACGCCACGCGACGGUACUUCCACGCCAGCGGAGAAUACAGCGAAAGCGUCGUCGUACCAAUCCCAACCUACGAGGAGAAAGACGGCACCAAACAAUCGCGCCACCUCCCAAAAUGGGCCUGGUUCCUUGUCGCUAAAUCCUUAGGAAUCAAACUGAAAGAAAAAGAUCGCCCUUGGUUCGGUACUUUCCUGUACUUACUGACUCUAACCAGUGGGCUAGCGUUGGGAAUUUGCACUGCCUGGAGAACUGUGGUGGACAUAUUAGACAUACACACGAGUCAAAAUGCGAUUGACGGCACUAUUCUAGUGUUGCUAACAGUUGGAUGGAUUAGUGUUGGCGUCUACGCAAACGAUCUCGCCUUUAAACUAUUCUCCAAGAAACAUUUCUACGACAGCGUACGCGUGCACUCCAAGACAAUCUUUAAGAUUAAUGCUGCACUGUUGGUUAUUUUCCUGUGCACGGUAUUCGGCGUUUUGACGAACUAUAACAAGUUUGAUCAGUUCUUGCCGGAGCACUGUGAGAAGAUUAACCUGAACCCAUGGAUCUGUUACGUGAUGUAUGUAGGAAGAGUUGUUUUCUCACUGUUCUGUCUGGGAUGGAACGCGAUGGUGGCGACAAUCUGUCUGUCCAUGUGUCGGACUCACACCAUUGCUAUUAGGAAGUUUAUAAAGGAUCUAGAGGAGGAUGGGAUGGCAAUAGACACAGUACGUGUACUGAGAGGAGGACAGUGUCAGACUGUAGAGAUGUCAGGGGAGUUCGGCGACUGGCUUGGGGUGGAGCAAACAGAAGACUACAUUUGGGAUGACACCCACGAGGACCUAACCCUGAGUCCUCCAACACCAGCUGUACCUGUGAUUCAGCAGGAGAACCAGCUGCACCAGUUUCCUGCAGGAGCUACAAACCUGUCUUCAUCUCCGCUGAGCUACGGGAGUCUUGAAGCUAUGCCGGUCAACACACCGGUGGCAGCAGCUGGAAGUAUGGGGGAGAGAAGCAGAUUGUACAGUGCUACACCUAGGAGGCAACAGGGGGAACAGGUGAGGGACAUUGACCGGGACAGCUAUGAAAACAGCACAUCUGACCUGACCCCUAACCCUGGCGCCCGACCUACCCAAACCCAGGACGACCCGCUCAUAGAGGUCGACAUAGAACCCACGGUGAAGGUCAGACGACCCAGGGGGUCUGUCGGCGACCCAGGGUCUCCAACCAGAGUUACUCCAGGGUCUCCCACCAGAGUUGUGCCAGGUCAUCCUCAGCAGCUGCCACAGAUCCUUGCUAACGGAGCCAUUCUGCACACAUACUGGAGAAUUCAGACUCGUUUGAGGUUCACCUCCUCAGCCUUACAGCGUUGGCUGGCCAGUUGGAUCACUCUGACCAUUUUCUGGUGUAUCACCUACAUACUAAACUGGCUGAAACACGAGGCAUCGAUCCCAGAGAUGUUUGAGUUCCUGCUGCCUCUCCUCACCCUCCCCAUACUCUGUUCCGCUGUGGCAGAGGUCAACGGGGAGGGGGUGAGAGUUAGCAAGCAAAUAGUCACGUAUGUUUUACAAGAAUAG